UUCCGCAGGCUCCUCGAGUCUCAUCGGCGAUCUCUGAACCCCGAUCGUACGCGCUGACUUUUCAACACCUCGAUGAGCGUCAGGGCGCACGCGCCGAGCGGACGCGCCUCCGAGUCGACGUUGAUGUCGAUGCCGAAGCCGCCGCGUUGGAUUUCCCGCUUGCCGCAGCACACGGAAAGCAACGUGAUCCUCGUCCCGCGUUUGGUCGUUCCCGGCAGAGAGCUUUCACCCGGCCGCAAUUGGAUCCAGUCCGAGAGGAUCGAAGAUGAUGAAUCCUCGACACGCCUGUCGAACGCAGUCGGUCUGCCCGGGACCGUGCAAUCCACGACUGAAGACUCACUACCGACAUCAUCAUCGACAUCACCAUCGUCAGCACCGUGAAAAAUUCUAUGACACCAAUAGCGACGCUAUGGCGACGGAGGAGAGAUCGCCGCAGCAACGGUUGAUCCCGACGUCGCCGCUGAAAUCCCCGAAAUACAAUCCACGGUCCUUCAGACCGGACGUAACUCUCGACACCUCAAAGGAUGGCGAAGCGAUACCCGAGACGACAUCCUCCGCCAAGAUCGCUCUGGUUAAGGUCACUUCCGUGCCGAGGAUCCCCGAAGCCGACGU